CUCCGUAAAAUGUAUUCGCGGUAUUCCUUAUUCCAUUGAAACAAAUACAGCUUGCCAACAAGUACACACUCUUGCUACAAAUUCGAUCAACUGUUGCUGUUCAUCAACUAUGAGCUACGGUACAUUAAGCAGGAUUGAAACAAUUGGCUCGGUGGACUCUCGUGACCUUGAUUCUAUCGCAACAAUCUCUUCACACGAAGGGAAUACAAUUCAGGAUCAACCAGAUGGAUUGCCGGCAAUUCAGGAAGAAUCCACAGUCCCUGGCUAUGGUUUUGCUUCGACACUUGGAUCAAUUUGGUUGGAGCGAUGGCACAACACUGGGCAAGCAUACCAUGGUUCAUGUUGUAGUAAGAUAAAAGCUUUCCUCAUGUUUAUUACGCUGCCUUUCUAUGUUCUCCUCAGCCCUUUCUUUCGUUCGCGAUCCACGCGGCGCAAAGUUACCCAUCACGGCAUCGUGUACUUUUAUAUCCUGAUGGCUUCCAACAUAGUCUUCAACCUUUGGGAACAGCAAAAUAACAUAUCAUAUAAAGAACCAUCCUAUCAGUUCGUGCAAUACUUUGAGGCUUCGAUCAUGCUGUUAUCUUUGAUAGCGAUGGUGUACAUCGCGCGGGCAACCAGAGGGGAAGUGAAGUGGACAAUCCACGAGACAAACUUAAUUUUCUAUUUUCGUGCGGGUUUGUAUGUGUUCGGUAUCUCGAGCAUGGUUUACACCGCGUUGAAUAUAUACGACAACUUCAGUUGUAACGACAAUCGUAAUAUUGUCUUGAAUAGCGCAAAAUUUUUGUUCAUCACCUGUCAGAUACUGUUCCUUAAUUAUUAUUACCAAGCCAAGCUGCCAAGUUGUGGUUGGCUUAUACAAGUAAGCCUUGCGCAUAUCUUGGGUACUAAUUUGAGCCUUUGGAUUUGGACGUUAUGUAAAGAAGAGUCCGAUCCUGAAAAUGAAUCGAAACUGAAUCGCUAUCCAAUUCACUUGGGUCAUACAGAGAAAUACUUCUAUCCUUUGUUCGUCGAGUACUUGUUGUUAGUCGCCAGCAUGAUCUAUGAACUCUGGAUGGAUUUAAACGUACCUACCGAUGCAAGGCGUUUGCCGCCACGUCAAGAUUGGUACCGUGAAAAGUAUCAGGAGGAAUUAGAAAGUGGAAGGCUGAGCUUGUCUUCUAAAAAUGAGGUGUCUCAUCCUGUUCAUCUGGUAUCGAGCAGAAGACGUCGCAAGUUUGCUCCGAGCCUCGCAUUCAGUUUUGUGCUUGGUCUGGCAUUCAGUUCCAUCUUCCUUGCCUUUUUAUUGGCGGCAAAUGAUUCUGGAGGGAAUUCAUGGAAAGACAAGAAAUGGUACACCAAUUAUCUUGUUGCCAACAUUUGUUUGAAUUCCACUCAAAUGAUCGCUUGUUAUGUCGCCAAGGUUUGCAGCCAAUCCCAGCCAGCCAACAGGUAUCGUUUGUUUAAUUAAUUGUUUGUUUAUUAAUUGGUAAAUAUCAUGUCAGUUGUUAGAGCUCGACAACUCGCUUCUUGUAGCUCAGUUGGUUAGAGCGCUGCCCCGAAACUGUUCGAUCCACAAAACCCCUCGACUGCUUGUUUAUUGACCGUAAAGGCACAGAAAAAUGUUCAGCUUGUACAAAUUUCUUUGCUUUACCACUUUGCACGAAUUGUUUCCCACUUUGGCCCGCUUUCUAUUGAUCAGUCAAUGCCAGCAGUGCCCAUCCAUAUCCCCCCCGGGCCUUCGCAGCUUUCCUAAUCCCGGGUGUAGCUAUUGCCGAAAUAUUUUAGCCCGGGGGUGGGGACUUUCAUGGCAAUUGGCGGACUAUAACAUGGCAGAUUUCGCUGGAAAAGAUACUGUGUUUGUUUGCAAAUGGCUUGACACUCAUCCGUUAGGACGAUCUUUCAGUACCAUUGCCUUUCAUCAUUGAUGAGUAAAAUCCUUUGUUCACAUGAAAUAGUUUUUCUCCUUUUUCUCUAUGAGUGCAUCGCCGACCAUCAUAGUCCAGUAAUUUUAGCUCAUUUUAAGGCCAAGGUUGGAAAAAAAACAGUAAAAAGCUAAAAAUUGUUAGAUGCAAUAAUUUAACUAUCCUGAACAAUAUACUAAAAGUCCCCAUGGAGCUUUUUCAAUUAUGACAAGGUUUUUUUUCGAUUUCCCUAUUACUCCCAUAUAUUGUUAAAAAAAGUGAAAUUUAAUCAAGUUCACUUAUAACAAAAAUGACUCGCAUCACUAGAAAGUUCAUAAAAACUACAUAUAAGACAUUUAAACAGUCACCUAAAUUUUUCAAGCGGUUUUCGAGUUAUUGCUGUUCCAAAUGUGAAAAAUAGGCCAAAAUCUGGCAAAAAUCUUGGGUACUAGCCCGACAACACGUUUCCAACAGCUUAUAACUCAAGAAGAACUUGCAAAAUCAAGGUAGUCGUUUAAAUGUCUUAUAUGUAGUUGUUUCUAAUGAUGUAACUUAUUUUUCCUAUAAAUGAAUCUGAAAUUUCACUUUUUUAACAAUAUAGGAGUUCACUAGGGAAAUAGAACAAAAAACUUGUCAUAAUGGAGAAAGCUCCCAAGAAGAUACAUGAGGACUUUUAGUAUGUCAUCAAGGUUGCUGAAGAGAGUGCAUACGCUAAUUUUUUGGCUUUUCAUGUUUUUCUGACCUAUUUUCUAUUUUGAUUGUACUAAUCAGCGACAUACGAAACUUGGCUAAGGUCCAUACACAACGUCCGCGAUUCGACAACACGACGCGAUUUUUUAGUUUUGGAAAGUUAAUAAAACAAAUUAAUAAAGUAAAUUUUAAAAGAUAUUUAGACCAAAUAACUCAAAAUGUUGUAACGCCUUUAAAUAUUUAGAAAAUUUAAACUAGGGUCAAAGUUAUCGGUCAGUGAAAAUCGAAAAAUCGCGUGGCGUUGCAUUUGUCGAAUCGCGUCCGCUGUGCCUGGACUUUAAUUAAUUAAUCAAGUAUAAAGACAAUAUUUUCAAAGGUUGACAUUAAUAUUAUCGUAUAGGUCUAGCUGGAUGUGCUGAGGACUGAAGUUAGGGUUAAGAAUUUAUACAGCUGUUGCAUUAAUAUAAAAGCAUCUAUAUCCUUGUCGUAGAACUUCGCAUUCAUAUUCUUACGUGUCGCCCACGUGUUUUUAUGAAAAGUGUUGAAAACCUAAGAUCGUUUUAGCAUACCACUCAAAAUCACGGCAGCGUUCCAACACUACAGUAAGUUUCACACUUUUUCCCGAGAAAUAAGAAAUACAAAAAUUGAGAAUGAAAACAACUGACAUCCAUGUUUCGGCGUGACGGCGUCCUACGCCUCAUCAGUGCAGCUUGGUACACAUCUAGACACGCGAUGAUUCAUUGAUAUACAUGCAACAAUACUACACAGUACGUAAAAACCCACAAGUUGUAACAAACCUGCAGCAAACUUGUAGCAAUGCUGUUCCAACAACUUGUCAAAAGGAUGUUGUUCGCACUGCGUGCCUGUUCCCAGCUUGUUGGCAACUUGCUACACGGUUGCUGAGCUCAACAGACUUGUUCCAAGUUGUUCCAACAAUUUGUUAUCGUCCUGCAAUUAAACAACUUGUGAACGAUUUGUGAUUGACAAUUGAUUGACAACCUUGUAGCCACUUUAUAAAAUAACAAUAUUAUGCUUGCGAUGUUACCCCGAGCGUGUAUCCACACCGUGCAAGCUUAAAAAAUUAAAAAUAUACCUGGCCACGGUGGGUAUAGGCAUAUUUUUCAAGCUUGCCCGGUGUGAUACACACUCAGAGUAACACCACAAGAUACACACUCAGAGUAACACCACAAGAUACCCACUCAGAGUAACACCACAAGAUACCCACUCAGAGUAACACCACAAGAUACCCACUCAGAGUAACACCACAAGCAUCAUAUUCACCUGUACAUUACACGAACACAGAAAAAGUCAUGAAUAACAAUAUAAUUGCUGACAAGCUUGCUACAAGCCUGUUGCGAACACAUCUUGUUGACAAGUUGUGAGAUUUUUGUGUGUGUAGUUUUUAUGUGUUAUAUUGUGUUGUGUUAUUGUUCAGGAGAAAAUGUUCUCGAGUGAAACGUUUCAUAAUGCGCGGUCGACUGGAAAUUACCGUAUGAAAUAUCUCACUCGAGAACAUUUUCCUAUAUUUACGUUCGAAAGUUUGAAUGAAAUUAUUAUAAAUCAGUUUUAAAACCACGUGUUAAUUAUCUUAUUAUUAGCAUGACAAAAUUACUGGAUGCUGAUUGGUUGAGAGGAGUACAAUUAUUUCAUUAAUUGUACUGCAGUACAAUUAAUGAUUUUCCCAAAACAAACAAAAUGGCGGAAAGGUAUUUCAAAAAAUGUGAAAUGAAAUUGCCCUGGAGGAACUAGAUGAAAAUACAAACAAAAGCACCAAAAUUUGUUUUAACAAAAGAACUAAAUUAAAAUACGAACAAAAGCACCAAAUUUUGGUUGAAAGUCUGGCAGGACUGGGCUUUGGCGAGAGAAUAUGAUGUUGACAUCGAUAAGUAUCCAAUUUUGUCAUGCUAAUAAUAAACAAAUAAUCAUGCAAUAUUGCUCGUACAAUUCGGGAUUAAUAAUGCUCGUGAUGUUUGGAAAUUUGCCAAAUUGGACUCGCCCCGGCGGCUCGUCCAAUUUUGACAAAAUUUCCAAACAUCACUCGUACUAUUAAUUCCGAAUUGUACUCGCCAUCGCAUGAUUACCUAUACUAAUAAUCAUAUUGAUUAUAUUUUAAUUACAAUAGGAAACGUGCCUCACUCAACCUUGAUGAUGCCUUACUUUACUUUGGGUUGGCCGGGAUCACACUGUGGGAAGGAUUUCAUUUUUAUGGUCGACUUUUCGGACAAAAUCGCGAACCAAUUCACUUCGUUCAUGGCAUGCUUGCUUUGAUUGAAGACAUCACACAGACGGUGAUUUUGGUCAGCGUACGUCGCUUAUCAAGUAGGGAUGACACAAAUGCACGCGCGAUAACAAAUAUGUCGCUGUAUUUGCUUGCCACGAAUCUUUCAUUGUGGAUUCAGAAUUCUUUCUACAUUGGACAUCAGCUUGAAUAUCCUGGUGAGCAUAAGAAGAUUCUUGAAGAACACUUGGGUACUUUCGCUAGUAUUCUCAAUCCGAUUAUUAUAUUUUUUCGUUUCCACUCGGCAACUUGCUGUUAUCAGAUGUGGGUCAUUUUCAGUCACACCAACGUGAUUGAGAAUUAGGUAAUUUUUUAAUCACAAUGUAAUGGUACGAAUAAUUUUUAAAUCAACAGUUUUAAAUUAAUUUUAUUGGCACAUUAAAAUGAAUCGAAAUUAACGGGGAAUUAAGAUGCGCUCGCAUUAUUACGCGUAUCACCGUAU